UUUUUUUGAGAGGCGUUGUCGCACACAGCGAGCACUCACGGAAUAUAUACCCUCCUCGCUCGCUCACGCAUCUUCAUACAUUGAGCACUUCGCCGUCCGCCGCUGCGAAUCUGCCAAGAGGUUGUUUUUUUCUUUGCGAUAUUCCGAGAAAUAAAAGAUUCCGCCAUGGCCCAAUACAUCCACGUACCCGACGAGGCUCCGGCGGUGCCCAAAAUAGAUGUGACAGUUGACGAGGGCGACUUCAGACCCGGCGCACUGACACUGAUCAAGGAGCUGCGGCCGAACUGGAAAACGUCGGAGGUUAAAAUUAAGUUUUUCACAGAUGGAAUAACCAACAAGCUGCUGGGCUGCUAUGUGGGCGCAGUGAUGCAGGAUGUGGUGCUGGUCCGUAUUUACGGCAACAAAACGGAACUGUUGAUCGACCGGGAAAAUGAGGUGAAAAGCUUCCGAGUGCUGCAAGCACAUCGCUGUGCCCCGCGCCUCUACUGUACCUUCAACAAUGGCCUGUGUUAUGAGUUUCUGCAAGGAACUGCCCUGGAGCCUGAACACAUUCGCAGCCAACCUGUUUUCAGGCUCAUUGCCACGCAGCUCGCAAAGUACCAUGCCAUCCAUGCCCAUAAUGGCUGGGUGCCACAGUCUGACCUGUGGCUAAAGAUGGGCAAGUACUUUGCUCUCAUCCCCAAGUACUUCAAGGACCCUGAGCGGAACGCCAGGUUGCGCACUGAGGUGCCCAGCCCACGUUGCCUCCGAGAAGAGCUGGUGUGGCUCCAGCAGAGCUUGUCGGUGCUGGGCUCCCCCGUAGUUCUCUGCCACAACGACCUGCUCUGCAAAAACAUAAUCUACAACCAUUCGGAAGGCCGUCAAAUGACAACCCCAAGGAAAUGGACACCACAGAGGAUUCCGUACACUUCAGCUCCGAGCCAUACUUACUACAUUUCUGACCAUGCCCACUCCAGCUGUCUGAACCGUUGUGGAAGUGUAAAGUUCAUUGACUACGAAUAUGCUGGGUACAAUUACCAAGCCUACGACAUUGGGAACCAUUUCAACGAGUUUGCUGGCCUGAAUGAGGUGGAUUACAGUCACUACCCACAGCGGAGCUUUCAGCUGCAGUGGCUCCGCUCCUACUUGGAGGCCUAUAAGAAGCACAAAGGCCAGGGUAGCGACGUGACUGAGAGAGAGGUGGAGACUCUUUAUGUCCAAGUCAACCGAUUUGCCCUGGCAUCUCAUUUCAUGUGGGGUCUGUGGGCUUUGAUUCAGGCCAAGUUCUCUACCAUCGACUUUGACUUCCUGGGAUAUGCAGUCCUGCGCUUCAACCAGUACUUCAAGAUGAAACCAGAGGCUGUUGGGUUGCACUUACCUGAAUAGAAAGCCCCCAUCCCCUCAUGUUCUCCUCCUCCUGCUCUUCCUCCCUUCCAACCUGCUCUGCACCUCACAUGCCGACAGCCGAGCGCCCUCUAGGGGCGUGUUUUGGGAAGUGCCAGACUGAGAGUCUGUACCCUUCAGUGCCUGCAGGUCCCCUCUAGUGUCCUUAAACUCUAGAGUUUAAAUGGACCACAAUCUAAUCCAUCAUACGCAGUCAUCUGCUACCACGUGGAGUUCAAAUGGCUACAUUUAUUGUGGUAGUUUAAUGUUGUUCUAAUAUCAUUAGGAUAUUAACACAAGAUCAGCCCUUGUAUAUGUAAGCACCUCUUCUCAUUUCUCAGCUCAAAUCACUUUAAUCGAUAAGACUAACAGCUCAUUGAGAACCAUUACACAGCAACAACUUUGUGACUGACAGCAGGCCCAAACACUACUCUGAUUGUCUGGAGACCCCCUUCCUCUAAUGUACAUUCGUGGGGAAAAACCCUUGAGAGUCAGCCCAGCAAAUGAUAAAUUUUAUAGGAUAUGAUAGCAAUACAAAGCCUGCUUUGUUUGCCAAGAAACUAAGAUGAAAAAAAAGAAGCAAAUGAAGAGAUGGAAAAGGCCAGUGCUAUCCUUUUUAAUCCCAUGUGUUAUGAGCCACAUCACGGGAAAAGGAAGAAAAAAAAACUUGCGGCCUGCCUUGUGACUCUUAUUUUCACCCUUAUUUUCCCCAGCAUACUGUGGUGGUGCACCAAAAUAGCCAUGUCGUCAUUGUUGCUGUGUAGCCUGAUAGGGUUUGUGUUUUGGCUUUUGAGAAUGAAGGUAGCAACACCAAGUUGAUGGAGAGCAUCUUGUGUUUACAUCUCAACCUCUCCCUUGAGCUAAAUCGUUGUGUCACUGAACAGCCAUUUUACUCAAGAGAUUUUCACUGUAAUGUAGGUUUCGGGUUUGUUUUGACACUUGGUUUUUGUCUAAAUCUUGACUGAGGCACCUCACUGUAAUUUGAACAUUCCAUGUUCAUAAUGCUAGACAGGGAAUUUGGUUGUAGGUCACUUGACAAGUUAGGGGACUGUGACAUUGACUGUAAGCCAUGCUGUACUAGACCAAACCAUUAUACUGUCGGCUUCAUGUCAGGGUUUUUUUGGGAAUACAUCUAGAAUGUUACAAUACACUGUGAACUUAAGACUGACCAUUUAAUAUACGUGUAGACCAGUUUUCAUUCACAAACGUAUGUUAUUAAGAUAAGUGUGUUAUGGCCUCGCUUGUAUGCCAGAUUGCUGAGCCGCUGUCAUUUUAAGCACCUAAUGUUGAAAUGAAGGUCUGUAGAAAAGUGGGAUUUUGGCUAGAAAGAAAAGUGAAGUUGGUUAUCGCAAAUAGGUUAAGAGGAUCUGUGUCGGAUUUAAAACAAAUGUAUAGACAAAAGUCAGCUGCAAGUGGGACCUGAGGAGCAAGAGCGCCAUCUGUUGGGAGUUAAAAAACAAUGGCUGCUUUCAGUUGUUCUUGAUGUUUAAUUCUGACCUUCAUUUUAAAUGUUGUGGAGUUUUUUUAGAAAAGAUUCAAAAAAAUCUUUAUGAGCCCCCUAAAAAAAAAUCUAAAACAAGUUCAUCUCUUGGUCACUUUAACACGCCUACACCAAAGUGCUGACAUGUAUUUUGUUCUUCUUUUUUUGCUUGUACAUAAUGCACACUAUCAUUUUCCAUGUAGCACAAAGAGGAGUAGAAUUACAAUUAUAUAGCAUUAUAAAAAACAAACAGUUUUUAUCUCUAUUUAAAUGGAACUGUUCGGGUUGAGGUCUUUGAGAGUGUGUGGAUGUUUGCUGGUGCGGUAACACGUGGCACCUGGGCAAAUAAAGUAUGUUGAGAAAAGAAUUUAAAACAUUUAGUUCAUGAUGUGAAACAUGGUGAAAGUUUUCUCGUUACUCUGCAAAAACCCCAGAAUCUGCUUAUUCCAUAUUUGCUCAGUUGCCUGCUGUUGUAGGUUUGCAAAGCUCUGUGACGAGACUGACCGACGAGGCGGGAUUGUCCAAUCAUGUAUACACUCCUUCACUAGGUAAGGAGACAUUGUCAUGUUAAGUCUGCCUGUGAACGCGCUUUGUACAUUUUCAAUUUUAGAAGUUUUGGAUGUUAGUCCGGUCUUCUUCUGUCUUUUAAUUUAGUGUUGUGUUUCUUUUAAGCUGGUGAAUUAAGAAGAGUGAGACUCAAUAUGAAUUUGAAAUGUGUGAAUGUUGCCUUUUAACAUUUUUGUUGGAAGCACACUCGAUGGUAAGGGAUUUUGAUUACUGUACUGCUUGAAGUCGUGGUGGGGGAACAUGUCUUGGGUCUGUGAAAGAUCGUUUUCUGUUUGAUGUCCGUCGAGGACACUCGUUACACGUAAUCCGCAAAAGUGAAUGCAGAAUGUCUGUUCCACUGCCACAUAAUAAGAAUAUUCAAAAUGUUGAAAAUUAUACUGCUGAAAUGUUUCCAAUAGGCUUCAAUUUCCCCAUCCAUCUGGAAGAAAUGAAUGCAUUUUCACUGUAUAUCGAAGGUCAUCUCCGUUCUGAGUACGAGCCAGCACUACAUACACAAGUUUGUUUGUGUCUAACAUUGUAAAAAAAGAAAAGUGUAUCUUUAAAUCUCCAUGGCCUCUGUAGCAUAUGUCUAUAUGUACAGUAAACAAAUGUAAUAAUAUCUUUGCUUAUUCUCAAAUGGGAAUGAAUGUACAUAGGAGUUCUUUUAUUUUAUUUUUUUCUAAAAGUUGCAUUUAAGUGAAUUGCUGCCUGGGGUAAGAGUUGAAAUAAAAAAAAUUAAAAAAGAAACAGACAUUUCCAAUACUGUAAACAUGCUUUGAAAAAUAAAGUCUAUUUACCCUUA